AUAAGUAACAAGAACAAAAGUAACACCAACAACAACAUCCUCUUUCUCUUAUACGAAGAAAUUGCCUCGCGUAUCAAAGCUUGACGAGAGUUCAACCCAUUUCUUUUUUCGCACAGUUUGCCAAGCAUCGAAAUCUUGGAAACCCAAUCGAGCUUGGUUGAACAACAGGUAAUAACAAAGAUAUACGAUACUAAAAUGCAUAAUAUUAAAGUUUGAAUUAUUGUUCUUCCUACGUGGGUAUCCGUUGUGUACUUUAUUUGCUGAAACAUUGAUAUGUAUCCAACAUCAAGCAACCAAUAUUGUUAUACAUCACCACUAACAAAAGAUUAGUUACGAAAAGACAAUGAUUUUAGCAAAAAAAAAAAAAAAUUUAGAAGGGGAUAUGAUGAUAUUAGGAACAAGGAAAGGGGGGACAACAUAUGAAUAAGGGGAUAGAAUUAGGCAAAGUGGGGAAGUGCUCAUCUACCAGAAACAAACAUUCUUUCAUGUGACACAGAAUAGUAAGUUGACAUUUUCCAAUUGUGAAGUAGACAUGGAAGCAUAACUUUUUUCCCUCCCCAUUUCUUCCCUACCAAUAAUUCAUUCCAUGACCUCUUUCUCUUUUGUGCCUUGGUGCUUAUUUAUAUAUAAAACAUUCCCUGCCUCACCAGUUGUCUUUUCUUCUCAUUCCAUUCCUUUAAACUAAUUAAUUAACCAUUUCAUAUAUAUAAUAAACCCCACAAGCUUAUCUCCUUCUGCAAAUUUGGAAGGUAGAUAGCCAUGAUGAUGAAGAAGGCCAUAAUCCUCCCAUCUUCACUCCUGCUGCUGCUCCUUCUCAUCACUCCCAAAUUUUCCCUUGCAGUCCCUGCCACCAGAAGCUUCAUCAUGGAUAAGAUGACUGCAAAAGAAGAAACCCCAUCUUCCUCAACACCAACAAUCCAUGUCCUUGAGGGAGGGAAAUGGGUGGAAGUUGUUUUGAGGGAGGAGGAGGAAGGAGGAGAAGAUAUUGGAAGUUAUGACUUGGAAGGAAGGAUGGAUAGGGAAGAGUUCACAGAUUACCCAGGGACAGGGGCAAACAAUCACCAUGAUCCUAAAACUCCUGGAAGAGCUUGAUCAAUUUGUGUAUUCACAUGGUUCAUCAUGAACUAUACAAUAAUUAGAUCCCCACAGCCAAAGAAAGAAGUUUAAAAAAAAAAACCCUACAGUUAUAUAUUUUUUUGACUGUGGGAGCUGGUUGUCUCUCUGGGGGGAUGGGAAUGUAUAAAUAAUCUUCUUUGUUUGGUUGUUUCUUAAGAUUUAUGAACAGCUUAGGUAGUAUAGAGUAAGUAUUAUUAUUUUGUUGUGUUUUUUUUCUUAAGCCUAAUAAUAACAUGCCUGUUUU